AUGGCGAAAUUUUACAAUACAGAAUUUAAAGAAGCACUCAGAGAAAUUGCGCAAAGAGUGGCUCAUUUUAAUUCACCGUACGAUCGCGUUCGAAUAGUUGAGUGGACACGUCGCUUGGCCGGAAUUAGAGACGACACGAUAGACGAGGCGAAAAAUCGAAACGAUUAUAUUCAAUUGCUGAAAAUAAUGACACGAGGCGGUCGUUUGCACGGUGUAUUUUUGAAAUGUCCACCCGAAAGCGACAUCCCUCCUCUGGCAGAGGCAAUGGCCAAUUUUCUCAGCGAUCAAUGUCCCGAUCUGCCACGUGCCGGACCCGUCGAACCGAUCGUCUCGAGACAAACUCCCGACGGUUGCGCCUAUAUCGCCUUCAGGAGGAUACCGGAAAAGGGAGUGUUAUGCUACAUGGCCGUCAGUCCGGAUGGCCUCAAGUUCGAGGAGAGCGAAUCCGAAAACGAAGAACGCGACGAGCUUAACGAGAUGAAGAUGGAUUAGAGGCGGCGAAGACCGUUGUCCGAAGGAUCAUUUAGUCAUUGUGCGAAAAUUAAUUGUCGUUCUGUUGCAAUGUUGGUCCUAUUUUGAUUAAUAUUAUUAUUUGUUAAUUUUAUCGGUUAAUUUUAAGCGACAACUUUUCGAACGUUUCCUGAAAUCUGGGGUGAGAAUUCGAAGGAAAAUUAAAUUAACUUCCCACACGUGUCAGGGUAGAUGAUUUUAUUCGUUGCUAAGAUAAUUUACCGAUUGCGUGUAUGCAUGU